AUGGAGAGGCAAAAUUUAGAUCAAAAAUUUAUUAAAUUAGAGGGGGUAAGAGGGGAAGGGGGAUGCAUACUUGAUGCGACGGAUCUCCUCGAAGAACUGGAGAUCGUAGACCUGGUCGGCGACGGCGAAGUGGACGACGCCGGCGAUGUGGUGGCGCUCGAUCGAGGUGGUCGACGGCGACGUUGCGCCGGCGCACACGGGGCCGAGAAGAUCAGGGCGAAUGCGAGGGCGAUUUGGGACUGGGAUCGGAGCUUGGAGAGGACGCGGAGGAAGAGGGAGGAGGGGAUGAGUAGAGGUGAAGGAAAGAGCGAGAGCUCGAGCUCGCACGGAGGGGGAGAGCGAGAGCGAGAGCUCGCACGGAGGGGGAGAGCUCGAGCUCGGAGAGGAGGGGUGACGGAUCGAGGUGGUCGACACAGGGGAGGGGUGCGGAGGAGUGGGAUCGGGUUGGGACGGGAGAAGCAGGAAACAAUUGAUCAUAAAAGCUUUAAUGUCAAUGAGGAGUACAUUAACACUUUAAGGACACAAUCCAAUGCCGAAUUUUUCGCAAAAACACAUCUAUUUAUAUCCGAUCCUUCGAUCCAUACAUCAUCGAAACCUGAUCUCAUCAUAGGAGCGCUUCUCGAACCCGAACAAGAUGCCAUUUCCUCUACUCUUGAGAGUUUGAUCUUCCCAAGUGCAAUCUCAGAUCUCAAGCUCUUACUAACUAAUUACUUCGAUAUAAGCGCCAAGGUGUCUAAAUUUUGUACUCAGCUCUUACGAAACAUCAACAAGUAUCAUUCGAACCACCAAUCAAUUGAAGAAGUGCUCGAGACGAUCAUCAAAUCUAAAUCACUUGAACUUGAUUCGAUUGCUCUCCUGGCGAACCCGGUCUCGAACCCGAAUCAAGCUGAUUUCAAGCUAAUACAAGAUCGAUACUCUUUGAUAUUGCACCGACUUAAGUCAAGGAGGAAAAAAGUGGCAACAAGGAUUAAGUUGAUAAAAUGCAUGAAGAAACUUUUAGGGUUUUGUUUCACAUUGGCUUGUGGAUUGGUUGCAUUGGUGGGUACAGGUAUUAAGAAAAUCUCAAACCUAAAGUACUUCAAAACUGAGUUCUUGAAGAAAAUGUGGGAACAACUUGAUGUGGUGGCUAAAGGGACUUACAUUCUACACUGCGACUUUGACACGAUGAGUCGACUUGUAGCUCGGAUUCACGAUGAGUUCGAGCACAAUAAUAUGAUCAUAAGACAUUGCAUGGAGAGGAAAGAUGAUAAGUGCCAUGUUCAGGGAGUUGUGAAGGAGAUUAAGAAUAGUCGAUGCGGGAUUAUUCGGAAGGUGGAAGAGCUCGAAGAGCAUGUGUGCUUGUGCCUUGCUACAAUCAAUAGGGCUAGGGUUUUGGUCAUGAAGGAGAUAUCCCCACCAUGA